CAACCGGCGAUAUAAAAAUACUAAUUAUUUAAUAAGAGACUACGCAAAGCACAGCUGAUCUCUGCCGCAACUUGUCCCAGUGACCAGCGUGAUAGCCCAUCCUCGCCACUGCCAACUGACUAUGGCCGCUGACCAGCAGGCUACUAUACGGACUUCGUUAGCAGCUGCUGAGUCAGAAAAUGCAUCUUCUCACCACUUGUCCCCAGCCAAAAUAAACCCGGCCCAGCCUAACCUUUCUUCCCUAACUAACCCGCCACGCCCAACCUAACCCGCCUAACCCGCCUAACCCGCCUAACCUAACCCAACGCAGGCUGCUUGUGUCUUCUUCCGUCGUCUUCUGUCAACCACCAUCAACAUCAACAUCAUCACCACCACCAGCUCAACCCGUUCAACCCAGCUCACCACAUCCACCACCACCCACAGCCCCCCCCCCCCUCUCCCAACAACUUCUACUUCUUUCUUCCCAGUGUCUCUGCCUCUACUCUUUGCUACUCCUGUACUGUGUUUCAUCUCUCCUUCCUUUGCUUUGCUGCCGUCGCUUCCCAUCCAACCAGCUUGCCAGCUAGCCAGCCCCCAGUUUCAGUCCUGUCCAGGCGCCGAGUAGUACGCCCAACAAGCUACUCACUUUCAGAGCUUCCAAUAUGCCCGCUGAAAGGCGUUCCCUGAGGUCCAACAAGUCGGACACCUCAGCUAACGGAGAGAAGCCUCGUUCCAACUCUACUUCCCAGAGCUCCAAAGAUAAGCCUGCUCCUCCUACCACUAGAUCUGCUGCUCGGGGGAAGACAACCGCGACGUCCGGCAAGAAGACACCUGCCUCCAACACUCCUAGCUCAACAUCCACCCCCAAUUCGAGCUCCAUUCCCACAUCUUCUACGAAGAACAUGGGCGCUGAAAACGAUCAGACUGCUCCCCACACCAACGGGGCCUCGGAUCCUGUCGAGAAUGGCGUCAACAAUGUGAACGGGACGGAGGACGUGGAGAUGGCAGAAGAUGAUGCCAACACCAACGGGUCUGCUACACAGCCGAAUCAAUGUGGAGGAAGAGGAGGACGAGGUGAGGGUGAUGAGGGGAUGACCGUCGUGGUGCCACCCUCCAAGGGCUCCAGGUUAUCGGGAGAACCAGAGCAGCAUCAGGCAGAUGUCACCAUGGAUGAAGCAGAGGAUGCUGGCGUGGCUGAGGUUGAGGCGCAAAUUGAUCCCAGAGAGAAGGCCUUAUCAGCUAUCAAAAGCAAUUUUACGUUGCUCGAACGUGCCGUUACUCAUUUUGAUCCCCGGUUCACAUUGCGAGUGUUGCGGUCGAUAUCGUCGAUGCGGAAACAGCUGUCUGCCGAUCUUCUUGCCCAGGCCAUUGUAGAAACAUAUCAGCCUACGGAUUCCACGGCAUCAUUCCUACUAGCUCCCAUUGGCAAGCAGUCGGCGUUCGCGGAUGCUGCCGCGGAUUCGUCAAUGGAUAUCGAUGGUGAAUCAAAGACUCCUGGAAAGGGAUCAGCUACGCACGACGUGCUUCCCGAGGUUGACAUCUAUCUGUCCAUCCUUAUUCAGAUUUAUCUGUAUGACAAGAAGCAGAUCGAGCACGGCGCAAACUUCUCCAGCAGUCUUGUUGACUUGGUGCGAUCGCACAAUCGGAGAACCUUGGAUUCUCUGGCUGCUCGCGUCUACUUUUACUACUCCCUCUUCUACGAACAACUUUCCCCGCUUCCCCCGUCUCCGGCAGCAGCCGUCAUUUCCAUCCGACAGCCACUCCUUCAGGCACUACGAACUUCUGUACUGCGAAAGGACCAAGAUAUCCAGGCAACCGUCACCACCCUCCUCCUGCGUAAUUACCUGUCCACCUCGCACAUUUCUCAAGCAGACCUUUUCGUGUCACGUUCUGAGUUCCCACCUGGAGCACCCAACAACCAGAUCGCUCGGUAUCUUUACUACCUUGGCCGGAUCCGUGCCAUCCAGUUGCAGUAUACGGAGGCUCAUGAACAUCUGAUUGGCGCCACCCGCAAAUCUCCCUCAAGCCACACCGCCGGUGGUUUCUACCAGGCGGCCAGUAAGCUCCUCGUUGUCGUCGAGCUAUUGAUGGGCGAUAUUCCCGACCGCGCGAUCUUCCGCCAACCGAACAUCGAACGAGCCAUGCAUCCUUAUUUCCUGCUCGUGCAGGCUGUCAGCAUCGGUGACCUAGACGGAUUCCUCAACAUCGUCCAGAAACACAGUUCAACUUUCCGACGAGACGGCACAUACACGCUUGUCCUACGUCUUCGACAGAAUGUCAUCAAGACGGGGAUCCGUAUGAUGUCACUGGCUUAUACGCGCAUUUCUCUUCGGGAUAUCUGUCUCCGUCUGGGAUUAGAUAGUGAGGAGUCGGCCGAAUAUAUCGUCGCCAAGGCUAUCCGUGAUGGUGUAAUCGAGGCUUCGCUGGAUCAUGAGCAUGGGUAUAUGAAGAGCAAGGAAGUGGGAGAUGUGUAUGCAACUGGAGAACCCGGUGAGGUUUUCCAUGAGCGUAUCCGGUUCUGUUUGGAUCUCCAUGACGAGAGUGUUAAGGCCAUGAGAUUCCCUAUGAACCAACAUCGGCUCGAACUGAAGAAUGCACAGGAAGCGCGGGAACGUGAGCGGGAGCUGGCCAAGGAGAUUGUCGAAGGGGACUUGGACGAUGAUGAUGCGGGCGGAGACUUUGACGCGAUCUAGUUGUUUCCUCUUCCAUUUUCUGGACUUUGAUUCUUUAUUUUUGUUUUCUUAGAAGAGGGUGAAAGUCGGCUUGAUUGAUUGAUUGAUUGACGGAUGGAUGGAUUGAACAGAUUUGAAUGGUGUGUGGUGUGGUACAUGGUAUUUAUUGAUACUGUGAUUGGUACUAUAUUUUAUUAAUCGGGGAGCGAAACAGACAAAAGCAUUAUUUCUUAGUGCUGAGAAUCUUUCAGACCCUCACUUUAACUCCUACCUACCGCUUCUUUAAGAAGCUUUCUCCUCAUUUUAUUUCAUUUUUUGUGUUUUAUUUUAACAUCCCUUUUUUUUUUUUUUUUUCUCCUUUACCGAGCCGGGGGGAAAAAAAGUCAGCGUGCCCUCCCUCUCUCUCCAUGGCGCCUCUCUCGCCCCGUCUUUUUGCGUCUCGAUGACGGGGACUGCUCGUAUAUACGGAAGAGCAGAAACCCAUGCUCCCGAGUGGACAAACGGACGGACGGACGGACUGACAACCGACUCACCGACAAGGUGGAGGCGGGCGAAAUACAUCACAGAUCGUGGUUGUUGUCUAUGUAUCCAUCUCUGUACAAUCAUUAUCGUCCGAGUGAACCAAUUAUGUAUGGCAUAUUUUGCUUUUUGCCUGGGUUCUUUUUUCCCACUUGUUCAUUCGUUCUAACAACAGAUAUUUGUAUUGCAUGUUACCUUUUAUUCUCUGUCGGUGCUGGACGUUCUCUACAUAUAUAGUUAGUUGUUACACUCAUCAGUCGUUGUCCCUAGAUUUACCUCGAAAUUGUUGGUUUAUUU